GUUUCGCGCUUCAGGCCAGGGGGGAAGCUGGCGAGAGCAGACGAGCUGAUUGCAAUUUGCACCCGUCGAUGGCAUCGUAUCAGACACAUCGAUGGAAAAUCGGGCUCAUGGGUGCAACACGAUAGAGAAGGAGCGAAAAAUGCCCUCCAGGCUGGCAUCCAAUGGUCGUGGCAGCAACACGCGAGAAACUGGCAGCGAGCCAGGCCAUCGCGCUUCCAGCCAGCCCUAUUACUGCCUCGUCCAGAGGCCCUGAGAGGGCGAGGUGAGAGAGAGGAGUAGAGAAGAAGAGGAGGAGGAGGAGGAGGAGACGGCCUCCAAGCGCGGGCUCCGGCCCCGGGCGACCGCCGCGACGCCCUUGCGCCUCUCUCGUCGCAGCUGUGUCCAGCGUGUCCAGCGCCCGGAGCAGACCAGGAGGGUAGCCCAGACAUAGUCCUGAGAUCUUGGCGUUAUCCUUUCGCGACGGGCGAUGUGUCCCCGACCAACCGCGUGCAUCCGAUGAGGCCGAGGGGGCGCGGCGGCCGCGACCACAGGUCUGCGCCGCAUCCCAGGAGAGGGGAGGCUCAGAGGGCACGGAACAUUCGCCCUGUGGGCGGCGAGCGGCCGCGCGAGCGGCGUCCGAGCGCGGGCUCAGACCGCGGCGGCCGCCACGAGGCCCUCCACCUCUCCCACAGCUGCUUGGCGUUGGCCUCCGUGCGCCAGGGGGUGUCCAGCGGCGGGAACAGGGCCCCCGGCCCCGCGAACCACUGCCCGCUCGACGGCGGCGCACGAGAGGGGGCCGAGGCGCAAGGGGCGCAAAUCGAUCGUUGGCAAGACCAGGUGUAACUGGCGCGGGAACGCGCCAACCAGACGUGGCAGGUACAGUCGGCCCGACUCAUAAGGAUGCGCGGUAAGGCAUUCCUACUCCAUGGCUGGCCAAUCCAACUCAGCGAGGCGGAUAGCGGGACGGGCUCAAAGGAUGUCACCACCGAGCCUUGUCGAUGGGCGGCAGCCGCCGAACGGCUGCGCGUGCAGGGAAGGAUUGCGCCCCAGAACCCCGCAUAGGGGCAAGAGUCGAAGAGAAGAGCAACGAAAGCUGAAGCAGAGGGCGCCGUGGACUGCGCCCACGGCGCGGGACUCUGAGGCCAGCCGAGCCGUGGCUCGGACAGCGGCUCCACGCUGAGCCUAGGGGCGCGCGCCUGCCUGCAAGCGCGAUGCUCAGGGAGGCGAGCCGAACCAUGCAUUCGGCUGUCGGAUAAGUGAACCUCCAGGAAAUUCUAAAUAAGUGCAACGGUCGC